AUUCUAUUAUGUGAGAAAAAAAUCCUUUUUUUUUCCUGCCUGCACAAAACAAACCCCACUUCCACAUGGAAUAAGCUCCAGACCAUGUUUUCUAUUAUGCUUGAAUAUAUGGGACAUGCAUUGCAAUCCUAUGCUUGCCACACUGCUGCAGUAUACUUGUUUUGCAGAGCUCUGUAGCAGGCUAGUCAAAGCUGUGACUAACCAGACCCUUGGAUACAUACUCUAAUCUCUGGCCUUUAUUUUUACAAUGAAUUUGAUUUGUUCAUUGAUUGUACAUUUUUUCUGAUUUGUGAGAAGCCUCAUGCUCUGUAUUUGGAUGCUGACUGCAAUACAACAAUAGUCUUUAAUACGAGUCACAGUGUACACUCUGUGGGGAGCCUGAAGAGCUGCAAGUGUUAUGGGCAUGUUGAGAACUUCCCGAAGCUGGAUUAAAGCACCUCUUUUACAAUGAUAUCUAAUCUCGUCCUAAAGCUCCAAGCGAUGGCGAGUCCACCGGCUCCCCUGACCAGCAGUACUCAUGGUCGCCUUCUCAGCACUUCAAUGAAGAAAGAUACUCUCCUGCUUCGAGGAAUAUGAAAGGAUUAUCUGGUAGUCGCAACCAACCACAGUUAUGUUCAGCUCAUACUUGUGGCUUAGCAUCCCCUGAAGACUGUGAACACACCCACGACCAUAUCCACCAUGGGCAGGAGCCGAGGCCAUCCUAUCUUCUCAGCCCCACAGAGAGUUGUCCGAUGGACCACCAUCGUUGCUCGCCACGCAGCUCCAUCCAUUCUGAAUGCAUGAUGAUGCCCAUGGUAAUGGGCGAUCACAUGUCAAGUAGCACUUUCCCCAGAAUGCACUACAGCUCACAUUACGACACAAGAGACGACUGCGCCAUGUCUCACGGUAAUCCCAAGAUUAACCGCAUUCCGGAGAAUCUUUUGGACCAAUUUGAGAAACAACUUCCUCUUCAUCGGGAUGGGUUUCACACUUUACAGUAUCAGAGAACCUCAACAGCUGCAGAACAACGCAGUGAGAGCCCAGGAAGAAUACGCCAUCUCGUUCAUUCAGUCCAGAAACUUUUUACUAAAUCUCAUUCUCUGGAAGGAUCCUCCAAGGGAAACGUUAAUGGGACAAAGGGAGACAGUCGAGGGGAUGAUCAUCAUCAUGGGCACCAUUCCAAGCAUAGCAAAAGGAGUAAAAGUAAAGAGCGAAAACCAGAGAGCAAGCAUAAAUCUGGAAUGAGCAGCUGGUGGAGCUCUGAUGAUAAUUUGGACAGUGAUAGCACUUACCGAACCCCUAGUGUGGUAAAUAGGCACCAUGCAGAUCAUAUAUCUCAUUGCUACCCUGAAGCACUCCAGGGGCAUUUUGGGGAUCUCUCAUUGAAGACUUCCAAAAGUAACAAUGAUGUGAAAUGUUCAGCUUGUGAAGGGCUAGCAAUGACCCCUGAUGGUAAAUAUAUGAAAAGGAGUUCUUGGUCCACGCUUACAGUAAGUCAGGCUAAAGAAGCUUAUCGCAAAUCAUCACUUAACUUAGAUAAGCCUCUGGUUCAUCAGGAAAUCAAACCUUCCUUGAGGCCAUGCCAUUACCUUCAGGUGCCUCAGGAUGAAUGGGGAGGAUACCCUGCUGGUGGAAAAGAUGAAGAAAUUCCCUGCAGAAGAAUGAGAAGUGGGAGCUAUAUUAAGGCCAUGGGAGAUGAAGAAAGUGGAGAUUCUGAUACUAGCCCCAAGACAUCACCAAAAGUAGCAGUUCGACCAGAGUCAUUAUUAAAAUCCAUUGGACAGAGACCACUGGGAGAUCAUCAAAAUCAGAGCUACCUUCAAACUGCAAGUGAUGUGCCUGGGGGUCACAACCUGGAUCCCUCCGCAAACUACAAUUCCCCAAAGUUUCGCUCAAGGAAUCAGAGCUAUAUGAGAGCAGUGAGCACGCUCAGUCAGGCCAGCUGUGUUAGUCAGAUGAGUGAAGCAGAGGUUAAUGGGCAAUUUGAAUCGGUGUGUGAAUCAGUGUUUAGUGAAGUUGAAGCUCAGGCAAUGGAUGCCCUUGACCUCCCUGGAUGUUUCCGAACAAGAAGCCACAGUUACUUGCGUGCCAUUCAGGCAGGCUAUUCCCAAGAUGAUGAAUGUAUUCCUGCGAUGGCAUCUUCCAACAUCACCUCAACUAUCAGGUCAACCACAGCUGUAACUUACACAAGUUACAAAAAAACACCGCCUCCGGUACCCCCUCGUACCACUUCCAAGCCACUAAUCUCAGUCACAGCACAGAGCAGCACAGAAUCCACCCAGGAUGCAUAUCACGAUAGCCGGACUCAGAGGAUUUCCCCGUGGCCUCAAGAUGGGCGAGGGAUGUACAACUCCACAGACAGUUUGGACAGUAACAAGGCCAUGAAUCUCGCCUUGGAAACUGCGGCUGCACAGCGCCAUGCUUCUGAGAGCCAGAGCACCUCAAUACGAACCAGUGACAAGGCCAUUUUAGUGUCAAAAGCAGAGGAGUUUCUUAAGAGUCGACGUUCCUCUAUAGGGAUUCAGGUGGAAACAGCAACUGAUUCAGAUACUGAGAGCAGAGGUCUACGGGAGUACCACUCCGUUGGAGUGCAAGUGGAAGACGAAAAAAGACAUGGACGAUUUAAGCGCUCAAACAGCGUAACAGCAGCUGUCCAGGCUGACCUGGAACUGGAGGGCUUUCCAGGACACAUAACCAUGGAGGACAAAGGACUUCAGUUUGGAUCGUCAUUCCAGCAGCACUCAGAGCCCAGCACUCCUACCCAAUACAGCGCAGUGAGAACUGUACGGACACAGGGACUCUUCAGUUACCGAGAAGAUUAUAGGACCCCGGUUGACACCUCAAAUCUUCCACCACCAGAACCCUGGCUAGAGCCAGCCAUUGAGACAGUAGAAACUGGUCGAAUGUCUCCUUGUCGACGGGAUGGAUCUUGGUUUAUGAAGUUACUACAUACUGAAACUAAGAGGAUGGAAGGAUGGUGUAAAGAAAUGGAAAGAGAGGCAGAAGAAAAUGAUCUUUCUGAAGAAAUCCUAGGUAAGAUCCGAAGUGCUGUUGGAAGUGCUCAGCUCCUCAUGUCUCAGAAAUUCCAGCAAUUUUAUUGGCUUUGUCAGCAAAAUCUGGACCCGAGUGCUAUGCCAAGACCGACUUCCCAGGACCUAGCAGGAUUCUGGGACUUAUUGCAGCUCUCAAUUGAAGACGUCAGCAUGAAGUUCGAUGAACUGCACCAGUUGAAACUCAAUGAAUGGAAAAUAAUAGAAUCACCUGAAAGGAAGGAAGAAAGAAAGGUUCCUCCUCCUGUACCAAAGAAGCCCCCAAAAGGAAAAUUCCCUAUCACAAGAGAAAAAUCUCUGGACCUACCCGACAGACAGCGACAAGAAGCUAGAAGACGGCUGAUGGCUGCUAAGAGGGCAGCCUCUUUCCGGCAGAAUUCAGCCACAGAGCGUGCAGACAGCAUUGAGAUCUAUAUCCCAGAGGCUCAAACCCGGCUUUAAAGACAGAAUGCUGCAGAGUUUCUUUUUUAAACAAAAUGCUUGUACAGUUUGUCACUUACCUGGUAAUUUUUGUCUCAUUCUCUCCACUAAAUAUGCCCUUGCUGUUGUGUUCUUUGUGCCAUAAGCACAGUGGAAUGCUUUUGAUUUCCUCAGAAUUUGCUGAGCUCAUUGCAAGAACAACUUCUUUUGUAUUUAUUGUCUGACUUACGAUCAGCUACAAUGGAUAGGGCUUGUUGAGACCUGACUUAUCCAAUAUAUUCUCAGAGGACAACAAGAAACACCUCUUGAGAUGGAACCCAGCUUACUUUUUUGUUAUUUAUAUUUUUAUAAAAUGUGUGAUAAUUAGGGAUAAGAAUAACAAACUAUAAAUGGGUGCAUCUCACCAUUCACUAGAGGCAUUAGCUAAUCCAAGUAGAAGGUGCUACAAAUGUAAAGAGCAGGAAAGAAAGAACCCAUUUAUCUCUCUGACCUCCAGUUUCUUUUCCUUGAACCUAGCUAAAAUAUUUGCCCAUGUGCUCUGCCACUCUACUCAUCUUUGUUACUGCAAAAUAACAUUCGGCCUCUCAUGUCUUGUCAAGUUUCUGGAGACGAACAGGGAUAUCCAGCCACUAAAACUCCAAAGUUCAUCAGAAAUCAAGAAGCAUACAAGUCUGGUGAUGUUGGGAAUGCCCAGUGAGAAACGUUUGCUGCUAGCAGUAUAACGACAUUCUGAAACCUAAGCAAAAUUAUAAUGCAAGAGGACUUGAGUGAUGGGUGAAAGGAAAAUGGAAGCCUUAAAAAGUUAGAUCUUCUGUAGCAAGAUGUGUAAAGAAAAAGUUAUACUUACUCCUUUGGAACACUCAUUGCAUUUUUAACAGUUCUUUUAUGUGUUAACAUUUAUUUUAUAAACCUUCUCUCUUUUAUUUCAAGAGCUGCGCUACAUGUAAUAUUUCAAACUCUUCAAAAUGUUAUAUCAGUUGAGUUUCCAGGGUAUCCUUGAGAAAAAAAAUCUUGCUUGUUUAAAAUGCCAGUUGUGAUGUUGUAACCAGUUUAAGAAAUAUGAAUGUGAGUGGUAAGUAUAUCUAAGUUUAAAUGGUUAUGUUAAGGUAAAGGUGAACUGUGGUUUACAGUUGUAUUUUUUUUAGAACUAUUUUUCUAUGCAGUAUCAGUUAUAGCAAGAAUAAGCUUCUUGCUUGCUUCAGACGUAAAAAACGUGACUCAAGAGAUAAGUGAUUUCCAGACAUGGAAUAUAAGGAAAAUAAUGUGUUUUCAAGCCUCUCAUUAUCAGAAGAGAAAAGUGGUAAUUACCACAGUCAAGAGGCUUUAAUUUAAAAUAAAUUAAGAUAGAAUUAUUCCACUUCACCUACCUUCCAGAGGCAACUGAGCAUCCCUGCACUUAGAAGUCUUCAGGUGAAGACGCAAUAAGAUAAAUAACUCACAGACCCCGAGUCCAAGGUUCUGAAUACUACUUUAGGUCAAAACCAUGUCAACACGGUGAGACAGACAGUCCCAACUAAUGCAUUUCCUGUUUACCUGCUUUAACAAAUGCAAUGUACUUAGCCAUAGGCAGAACAGCUAUUUAAUUAUACUCUAGCACUUUGGUUCUUCACCUGAUGAGCACUUUAAAUCUGUGUCCCACGCACCCUGCAGCCUGACAGAUGAGUGAAAACGUGAAGUAUCAUAGGUUAUGCAGACCUGACAUUGCUUCAAAUCUGAGGGUUUUUUUCCUUUUCGUUCUCUUUUUUCUACAGUGCGUAAUGUUAAGCAUGAGUUCUGUCUUUGGAGCAUAGCUGACAAAGCAUGUUUGGCUUCAAGAUAUGAAUCUUUAGAGAUGAAGUUUUGAGAAGUUUCUAUGAGGAGAAAACCCUGUAAAUUGAGCCUGAUAUCUGGUAUAUACUUUACCAAAUAGCCUUAAACUGUAUUUGGAAGCAAAAACCAAGACGAAUGUAUAUCCUUCAAAAAUGCAAAAAAAAAAAAAAAAAAAGGAGAGAGAGAAAAAAAUCCCUGAAAUAUUCUUCUAUAAAUGAAAACAUUAUAUUUCCCAACCCGGGUGUUUUCAAGGCAUUUUCUAUUAUGGAAAGAGCUGAAUCCUGAGUAGCGUACAAUAUUGAUGCUACUUGCUAUAUUUGUUGUAGUAUUUUAAAUACAUAUGUAUUUCCAGACAUUGGCAUCUUUAGUCUUGAAAAGUGGUAUCUUAUUUAAAGUGAAGCUGCUAAUUAGAAAUAUCCACAUAAAACUAAAGCCAGUGUCUUUCCUCGAUUUCGGAAAUGUAAAAUAGACACACACACACACACACACACACACACACACAAAAACAUUUAUUUAUUCAUUUAUUUAUUUAUGGCAGCUGAUACAUUUUAUCUAAUUUCCCUGUAUACUUCUAGGAGAAAUCACACUUGACUUACUCACAUGAAAACCUCAACCUGCAGUGACAGGUCAUGUGAUUAAGACAAGUUGUAUUUGAUCCUGCCAGUAUUCAGACUCUGUAAAAACAAACUGUAAAGAGAAAUAGAUUAUAGCUGAUAAGCUUAGAUCCCAGUUUACGUUAUAAUGCUGACUUGGAGCAGUCCAUAAAAAUCUUUAGUUUUAGCAUUAUAUUUUGAUAAUUUUUGAUAUUUUACAAUUCUUUGAAUGUUCUCAGGCUAAAGGAGGCCUGCAUGAAUGAUGCCAAUUCUGUAUUUUACAUUUCCCAUGCCAAAGUUCGAAAAUGUUUGGUAUAAGUUUUUGGAUAGGUGUGAUUCCUGUUUGUUCCAUCUUUGUUCAAAAAAAAAGAAGAAUCAAAAGUAAAUUAGAUGCCUACUGAAAAAUCUGAUAAUAUGUUAUCUGUGCAUGUUACAUUUUGAAGUGCAAUAUAUUAAAUUUUUGUACAGGUAACAUUCUAUCAUUAAUGGCAAAUAAGUCAUUUCUAUCUGCUUAUUGUACAUCUGGUUAGUUUAGAAAAACAGCAUUAUGUUUAUCAUACUUGUGUUGCAAAUAAAUCAAAGUCAAAUCACUUCAGUUCGUUGACAUAAGAAACACAGCAUGUGGUAUCUUAAUAAACGUGAACAGAUCAAUUGUAAUCUGAUUCCACACCAUAAAAAUAAUAUUCAGUUACAGAACCGAUGCAGAAGGAGUACGAAUAAACAUAAAGACAGAAAGUGAAGUACUUUUUAUUUAGAGACUUCAUGCUGGACAUCUACACAGAACAGUUGGAUAUAAGAGAAUAUUCUAUUACUUAAUUGAAUACUAAUUGGACUAAAAUUUAUUUUAAAGGAUGAAAAUUAUAGAAAGCCUCUGUUCAUUUCUUCAUUGCCUGUAAAACACAAGUAUAGUAAACUGAAUUAUGAAAAUUUCAAUAAAGAAAAAGACCCAACUGGUAAAAUCUUUGAUAUUUGCCAUACUUGUUUUUGCUUUGUAUUUUUUUUUUUUAGGUUUGAAAUUCAUUGUAAAUUGGAGAUGUGUAUUAUGAAGCAUUUUAUUAUUUCUUGUUGACCUGAUCAGAAUGGCCUUUGGCAGGGUGUAGAGACCAAUAUUGUUGUAUAGUUUAAUACCAAAAAAUCACGUUUUGGUUCAUGCUUAAACCUUGUCACUUGUUAGAUCUGAGACGAGCUAGGACGGAAUUAAAGCGUGCAUAGGAAGGUGUGUGGAUUGCAUAUAUAUAAAACAUUUCAUGCAAUGGAAAUUAUUUGUUUUAAAAUAAGCCUGUCUCCUGCUGUAUCAGUAAAUUACUACUCUAGUUUUCACUUCCUUAGCACUGCUUCUCCUCGAAAGGGAGGGACUCAUUCGGCGGUUUCAAAAGGGAAAGGAUUUACGACUAAGUGAUCCCGUGCCGUAAGGGACCCGAGACCUCCGGGGCGCUGCCGCCAGCGGUGCUCCUCCGCGGGCUCUCGCCUCCCGCUCC